CAGCCGUGGUUCUGUCUGUCAGCACUACCAGGAAAAGGGGGUGGUAUGUUUUCUGACCUCACUCCCUUCACCAAUAUUAAAGAGACCUAAAUGCUUGCUUAUUUACACAAUCUCAAGGCUCCUUAGUGGCCUCUGCACUUCACUGACAAGGACUUUCUUUACAAAAUGACCGCUAUACUAAAUCUGGUUCUCUUUCAGGUGCUGUUCUGGGGUGGAACCCAACAAACCAAUGUAACACUGCAAGAAGAUGAGGCCUUCCAGAAUGAGGAGCACUCCCACAUCUUUCACUGCAACGAGACUCUGCUGAGAGCCGUCUGCCAGUACUGUGAGCUGAUAUUCUACAGUAAUAUAUUUGAAGCCAAUGAGUCCUGGUGUGACUGGAACCAGAUCCUCAGGCCAUAUUAUGAGCUGACUGUAUGCAUGGAGACCUGGGCGACAAGGCUGAACUGCUUCUAUCCCAAUCACAUUGUGCAGGAGGCAUUCCUGCAGGUCCAUGCCAGCUACUUCCAGCACUGUCCUGACCAGGAUCAAGUUUUCAAAGAUGCUCCCCAUGGUGUGGUGCUCACCCUCACCCUCGUACCCGUCUGCAUCAUUCCCAUCCUGGUCUUCCUGGUAGUUUGGAAGAGCAAGGUCCGGGAUUAAUGGAGAUUGACUGCUGGAGUGGGAUGCAUGGGUCUGGGAUGGCAAGAAGCGCUCCUCUGCUUGCAACACCUGUCUGUCUCAGCCCAGCUAGAACAUGUGAAGAUCCUCUUGCUCUCAGCUUUAAACAUGGUAACCGUUAAUGUGGCUAUAAGAGUGCUGUAUUUUUAGGCUGCGCUCAUACUUUUCAGUGACUUCCAUCUGAAUGUGUGUGUGCACAUGCAUGUGUGAAUUAAUCUACUUAAAGGACUUUGCCCAGGGUUAAUUUAAGAGCCCUAAGUGCAGAUACAAAGCAAUGUCUAUGACACUUACAUUAAUAAAAGGAAUUGUUUGACUGACUUGCCAUGGAAUCCACCUGUGUAUUUGAAAAAGGAGACAUUUUGAGGACAUAACUGGCAUCCUGUACUAUGCGGAGGUGCAAAGUACUUUCGAGGAACAUAGAGGUGCCCUCUGCAUCACCACCACAUAUUUUAGUUCUACAGUGCUGAUUCACUUGGUGAUCUGCUGGACUGCUUGUUAACAAAGACCACUCCAGCAUGGCUUACUGGUCACAUAGGUUGUCUUGAUUCAAGACACUUGUGCUUCUGGUGCAUGCUGAAGAUGAAGAAGACAUUUUUCUAAAUACUACAUCACAAAUAAAAAGUGUCACAUGUA